CUAGGGUAGUCUAGCAUUGUCGCUGGAGGCUCAGCUAUGAUGGCCGUCCCUGUGCGUUCGCCUAUCAAUAUUUUCUGCAUUCCAUCCUUUCUUGUAUUCCUUCAAGAUUCCAGCUGUGGUUGUUCGUGGAAAGCAGAAGAUCAAGCAGCGGAGCCAGCAUUGUGUAACAAGAGCAGCAAACACGUCCCCUUUCAGCUGCCUCCAAGCAAUGCCACGAUCACACGAUAUUCUGCAUCCCCACAGCAAUCUCCAUCUUGCUCUUUCUUCCUGGUCUUUUCGAAAUACCAUGCAACACAGCUGCCCCUUUUUUUGCUGCUCCUCAAAGGGGGACUAGGGCACUCUGCAGCUAAAGACAUUUAAAAGGUGACUGUAAGCUUUAGCUUUUUGGUGUCCAGUGUAGCGGCCCGGCACCAACACUAGCAGAGCUGUUUCUUCAGCUGCCAGCACAACAAACUCUAGCUCAGCCACAGAAGACUCAGCUCGACAUUGCAUUGAAGUUGUCAGCUUGCAAAAAGGGAACAGCUUGCUGGGAAAAAGAACAGCCAUUCCAAGAAGAAUAGCUCACUGUUAGGAAAGAGGUGAUACCACAUAGGUCCAGCUAACAGUAUACUAACCAUCUGAAAGGAUCAAACCAGAAACCUUAGAUACAUUGGGAAACCAACAGCUUGGAAGCUGGACUGCUCAAGGCGAAUCAAGAUCUCAGCUUUGCCAACCCCAAGUCCGCACUUUCAGCUCUGAGCAGCACGAUGGCACCCCACGGCCGGUCCCUCAUACUAGUUCUCACGCUCCUGUCAUUCUCGCCCUUCCUGGCCACAGCCCGCCGUCUCCUUGACGAUCCACCCCAGUCAGCAGAAAUGCAAACCCAGUUAGAGGUAACCCAGAUACAACUCCCCUGGAACAAGCUCGUUGAGCAGCUCGAGUCCCGGGUUACCUUCUUUGAGGAUUCCCCCACGGAAAUUUCCCCCAGUGAAGCUUUUCCUAUCAGCGCCAGCAACUUUGCGGCCGUCCCAAACAUCGCCCUAGGCGGCAGUUACCUCUCCUCUGUGGCAGCAUUUACGGUUAAUGUUAACCUGGGAACCCCAGGGGUCAGCCUCCCCCUGGUUGUCGACGCCGGAAGUCACGUCAACUUUGUCCAGGGGUCCGGAUGCGUGGCCUGUUCAGAGGGAUCAUUCGGAUGCGCCAGCAACCCGUAUGGGGGCCCCUCGACCUGCCCUUACGGGUUAAGCUAUAACCCAGCUCAGUCAAGUUCCGCUAACCCAAACCUCAGCUGCGGCCAGUGCUCGAGCGGCGCCGAUUUUGGCAACGUGGGUUGCCUUGGCAACGGGUUUUCCUCCCCCGGAACGUGCCAAUUUUCCAUCGCGUUCGGGUCCGGAUACGCUGCCGGACAAUAUGUCCAGGACUCGCUGUCGAUCGGCCCCAUCUCCGCCUCGUCAAUCUUCUUCGGAACCACCGUCUACGAGAACAUGUUUGAGGGAACGGGGGGACUUCUCGGCUUCGGCCCCACCGCCACCUCGCUCCCGUUCCAACUCAAAGCCGCAGGCGCAAUCCCGUCAGCAACAUUUGCGCUCUGCCUCGCUUCAGGGGGGGACACAGGGGGAAGUCUCUUUUUGGGGGGGGUCCCAGAUCAGCCAAACGGCCAGGGGUACUCUCUGAGCUACACGCCGUUCCUGCAGACGCCGUUUGUUUACUACAUGAUUCCGCAGCCGACGGAUUUCCUAGUUGGGGGGGUGUCGGUGAGUGGGGCGGCGGGGGCGCUGACUGGGGAGGGGGGCGUACGCUGGGUUGUGGACUCUGGAACCACGUUGUCCUACGUCCCGAGCUCCGUCUUCUCCGCCGUCUUUUCCGCGGUCAAGUCUGCUUCCGGCUGCCCCAAUACGUUCGUCAACCUCCAAAACUCGGGCCUUGACUUCAUCGACCUGAGCACGUGCAACCCCCCGUUUUCCGCCAACCCUAGUUCCGCCGAGAUCUACGCCCGAUUCCCCACGUUGACGCUGAACCUCCAAGGAGGCCCCCUGACGUCGCGUCCAAAAGCGUACGCGCUCUUCGGACGGUACGGACCGCAGGGGCAGUGGUGCGUGAAUCCGGGGCUCGCUGACGUCAAGAGCAGCAACGUACGCGUCAUCGGGGACAGCUUCAUGUCGGACAACCUGAUCGUCUACGACAACGACAACAACCGGCUCGGAUUUGCACCUGUGGACUGCAAGACUCUUGUUCCCAUGGACGUUUCCACCUCCCCUGUUUCUACUCCCCCCCCCUCAACUUCAGCGCCAACGGACCCCCCCUCGACUCCUGCGCCAACGAACCCCCCCUCGACUCCCGCGCCAACGAACCCCCCCUCAAACCCCGCGCCGACGAACCCCCCCUCAAAUCCCGCGCCAACGAACCCCCCAGCCUCAGGCAACAGCCCACAAGUCUUCCCUGCGGGGGGGGCCUGCGACCCGUCUUCCUCUACCCCCAACCAGUGCUACAACAAUAUCGGUACCCAGUACACUUGCUGUUCGGGUGCAUGCGCCUCCACCCCUUCCAGCACCCCGGGCUGCGACGGCGCCCCCCCGGCUAACCCCUCCCCCAAUAAUCCUACCCCGACCAACCCUUCCCCGACUAACCCUUCCCCAACCACUCCGGCGCCGAACACGCCCGGUCCGACGCCCGGUUCGCCGUCCCAGGGCGGCGUCUUCCCCGCCGGGGGGGUGUGCGAUCCGCACUCGUCGGCUCCCAAUCAGUGUUACAACAACGACGGCUCUUCGUACACGUGUUGCGCCGGGUCGUGUUCCAGCACGCCCGGAAGCGUCCCGUCGUGCAACUAA